AAAACGUAGAUAAUAGGACAGAAACGCUACGGAAGAAAAAAUUUGGACUUUUCGUGGGAGUUCUUUAAAUUUAACAAAAUAUGGCUGGACUGGUCCAUUUGGCACGGAUUUGCAGUAAAACGAAAUGUCACGAUAAACUCCUCUUGUCAAGCGUGAAUAACAGCAAUAAUCAUAUCACCGGCCAACGUGUAGCAAAAACUUUGUUAAUUUGUUCACGUACUGCUUUUAGCAGUGUGGGCGAUGGCGCUUCUGUAAAAACAACGGAGAGAAAGAAGGUGACACCUUUUACUCCCACGCCCGACAAACUGCUUGGUGGAGUUUUCCUUAAGAAAGUGCCUAAAGGUCCAGCCCAGCAAGUACAAACGCCUAAAACCCAAACACAACCACCGUUACGACAAUGUCACAUUCAUCUAGGAGGUAUUGGUGAUGGGGGUACUAGUCUGGGUAAACUGGAUGCACCUGAGGUCACAUCACAGGAUAUGUUAAGAGCCAUGAUGGCUUAUAUAUGGCCCAAAGAGGAUGCCCUAGUGAGAAAAAGAGUGGCUAUAUCUUUGGGCUUAUUAGCUGGUUCCAAGGUGUUGACGGUUUGCGUACCAUUUCUUUUUAAAGGGGCCGUAGAUACUUUGGGCACUUUGACAAUGGACACGCCAACUGAUACUGUAUUAUCCGUAGCUACUGCCAUGUUAAUAGGAUAUGGCAUUGCUCGUGCUUGCGCUGCUGGUUUUAAUGAAUUACGUAAUGCUGUUUUCGCCAAAGUCGCUCAUCAUUCCAUACGCAAGAUAGCCACGAACGUUUUUUUACAUUUACAUCACUUGGACUUGGCCUUUCAUUUGAAUAAACAAACUGGGGCUUUAUCUAAGACGAUUGAUCGCGGUUCCAGGGGAAUUAAUUUUGUCCUAUCUGCUAUGGUUUUCAACAUAGUGCCCACUGUUUUUGAAUUGGCUUUAGUUUCCAGUAUAUUAGGCUUAAAGUGUGGCCUUGCUUUUGCCGGCGUCUCUAUGGGGUGUGUGGGUGUCUAUGCUGCUUAUACCUUAUCGGUUACGCAGUGGCGGACUAAGUUUCGCGUGUACAUGAAUCAAGCCGAAAACGAGGCCGGUAACAAGGCUGUAGAUUCUUUAAUCAACUAUGAAACUGUAAAAUAUUUUAACAAUGAAAAGUUCGAGGCAUCCCGUUAUAAUGACGUUCUAAAGAAAUAUGAAUCGGCCAGUUUGAAAACCAGUACUAGUUUGGCGCUUUUAAAUUUUGGACAAAAUGCUAUUUUCAGUACAGCUCUUAGUUUGAUAAUGGUGUUGGCGGCCCAAGAAAUCGCCCAAGGCAAUAUGACUGUCGGCGACUUGGUUAUGGUCAAUGGCUUGCUCUUUCAACUGAGCAUACCUCUCGGUUUUCUAGGAAGUGUAUAUCGCGAGGUACGCCAAGCUCUAUUGGACAUGCAAUCAAUGUUUACGUUAAUGAAUGUAGACAGCCGUGUGCGGACGCCAAUUAACGCUCCUCCGUUGGUAUUGGGUCCAACUAACGCCUCCAUUGAAUUUCGAAACGUAUCGUUUGAAUAUGAACUUGGCAAACCAAUAUUCAAAGAUCUAUCGUUUACGAUACCGGCUGGUAAAAAUAUUGCUUUCGUAGGUGGUUCAGGAUCAGGAAAGUCAUCUAUGGUCCGUUUGCUAUUUCGUUUCUUUGAGCCAAAUACGGGAAUUAUUUCAAUUAACGGUCAGGAUAUCUCUAAAGUGGAUAUUGAGAGUUUAAGAAAAACGAUAGCUGUAGUGCCGCAGGACUCUGUUCUAUUCCACGAUACCAUUUUACACAACAUUCACUAUGGCAAUCUCAGCAAACCGAUGUCCGAGGUAGAGAACGCUGCUCGUAUGGCUGAUUUGCAUGAAAAUAUCAUGCGUUGGCCUAAAAAAUAUCAAACUCAGGUAGGCGAAAGGGGUCUCAAAUUGUCGGGCGGAGAGAAACAACGCGUAGCGAUAGCUCGGGCCAUAUUGAAAAAUGCGCCUAUUUUAAUAUUUGAUGAGGCCACUAGCAGCUUAGAUUCCAUAACCGAGCAUAAUAUCUUGCAAGCCUUGUCUCGUGCGACUAAAGGACGUACAAGUAUUUGUAUAGCUCAUCGCUUAUCUACGGUCAUGGAUGCCGAUGAGAUUUUAGUACUUGAAAACGGUCGUGUUGGCGAACGGGGCAAUCACGCCGAAUUGCUUAAGAAAAAUGGUCUAUACGCACGUUUAUGGGAAACACAAACGCAGCAAUUUUGAUCCUAAACUACAUCUGCUUAAGAAAGCAAAAAUGCAAUAUAAACACUAAAAUGUACAUAUUCACACACAUUUACAUAUUUUCAAGUAAGCUAUAUUAACGAAAUGUUACGAACUGCCUCGUUAUUAAUUAAGCAAUGUCGAUAUCUAUGUUUAUGUGCUUUUUGAAACCACAGAAAAAUUUGUAGAAAGUUUUUAAUUUUAAAAACAUUUAU